UGGAGAUAAGAGAUUAGGAAGAGGUUUGUUUCUUGGUGAUUUACAUUCAUAAAGAGGAAUUUCCGCAACUGGGUUUUUCCUUUCACGAGAUCGUGAAGAAAUCAGCGAAGAACUGCAAGAAUAAGGGAAUGGAGCAAGGAGGAAUUGAGGAGAGCAUUCGAUUGGUUCGUUCGGAGUCCAGAUGGGUGGAUGGAAGCGAAGUAGAUUCAGAGUCUACCCAAACAUCCUUGUUUGAAGAGGACCAGCUCAGGGAAAAUCAUGGGUCUAUCAGAAGGAGGCUUGUGAAAAAACCAAAGAGAGUUGAUUCGUUUGAUGUUGAAGCCAUGUCUAUAGCUAACUCCCAUGAUCAACAUUCGAAGGAUCUCUCCAUUUGGGGUACUCUCGGACUGGCAUUUCAAACACUUGGUGUAGUCUAUGGUGACAUGGGCACAAGUCCCUUGUAUGUCUUUGCCGAUGUUUUUAGCAAGGUCCCUAUAAAGUCAGAUGUUGAUGUCUUGGGAGCUUUAUCGCUAGUGAUGUACACAAUUGCUCUUAUUCCUUUUGCUAAAUACGUUUUUAUUGUGCUCAAAGCUAAUGAUAAUGGAGAAGGAGGCACAUUUGCGCUUUAUUCAUUAAUUUGUAGGUAUGCAAAAGUUAAUCUAUUGCCGAAUCAGCAGCCAGCUGAUGAACUUAUCUCUAGUUUUAAGCUCAGACUACCCACUCCAGAGUUGGAGAGGGCAUUAAGGAUAAAAGAUUGUUUGGAAAGGAGAUCCUCCAUGAAAACCUGUCUAUUGCUUUUGGUUCUGAUGGGGACUUCUAUGAUAAUUGGGGAUGGUAUUCUUACACCAGCAAUGUCAGUAAUGUCUGCAGUGAGUGGACUACAGGGUGAAAUUCCGGGAUUUGAUACAAAUGCUGUGGUUAUGCUCUCGAUUGUAUUCCUCAUUGGAUUGUUCAGCAUUCAGAGGUUUGGGACUGGUAAAGUUGGUGUUAUGUUUGCACCUGCACUGGGUCUGUGGUUCUUUUCCCUGGGGUCCAUUGGAAUAUACAACCUAUUGAAGUAUGAUAUAACAGUUAUAAAGGCAUUGAAUCCAGCUUACAUCUAUUAUUUCUUCAAGAGGAAUAGUGCAAAGGCGUGGUCUGCCCUUGGUGGUUGCGUUUUGUGCAUUACAGGGGCUGAAGCAAUGUUUGCUGAUUUAGGCCAUUUCUCUGUCGUAUCUAUACAGAUUGCCUUCACCUGUGUUGUGUUCCCGUGUCUUCUCUUGGGUUACAUGGGCCAAGCUGCAUAUCUGAUGAAAUUCCCAACUUCUGCGGAAAGAAUAUUCUAUGAUUCUGUCCCAGAUGGUCUUUUCUGGCCAGUCUUUGUGAUAGCCACGCUUGCUGCCAUGAUUGCCAGUCAAGCGAUGAUAUCAGCGACAUUUUCUUGCAUUAAGCAAUCCAUGGCCCUAGGAUGCUUCCCAAGGAUGAAGAUUAUUCACACCUCCAGGAGAUUCAUGGGUCAGAUCUACAUUCCCAUCAUCAAUUGGUUCCUGAUGGUCAUGUGCAUUCUAGUGGUUGCCACCUUCAGGAGCACAACUGAUAUAGCUAAUGCAUACGGCAUUGCGGAGGUUGGUGUCAUGAUUGUGAGCACGAUCUUGGUGACAGUUGUAAUGCUUCUAAUAUGGCAGACCAACCUGUUUCUGGCUCUGUGUUUCCCGCUUGUAUUUGGGUCAGUAGAGUUCAUCUAUUUGUCUUCAGUCUUGACAAAGAUCAAGGAGGGUGGUUGGCUUCCGCUUGCUUUUGCUUCUUGUUUCCUCUGUAUAAUGUACAUUUGGAACUAUGGAAGUGUGUUAAAGUACCAGAGCGAGGUCAGAGAAAAGAUUUCCAUGGAUUUUCUUCUUGAACUGGGGUCGACACUUGGGACAGUAAGGGUCCCAGGGAUUGGAUUACUAUACAAUGAGCUGGUACUAGGGAUUCCCUCGGUCUUUGGACAGUUCCUAGUCAGCCUUCCGGCCAUUCAUUCAACAAUUGUUUUUGUCUGCAUCAAGUAUGUCCCAGUCCCAGUCGUCCCUCAAGAAGAAAGGUUUCUUUUCAGAAGGGUUUGCACAAAGGACUAUCACAUGUUCCGCUGCAUUGCCCGUUAUGGUUACAAAGAUGUCAGGAAGGAAGAUCAUCAUGCCUUUGAGCAACUUUUGGUUGAGAGCCUCCAGAGUUUUUUGAGAAAGGAGGCUCAAGAUCUUGCAUUGGAGAACAGCUUAAAAGAGACUGAAUGUGACGAUGUUUCAAUGAGGUCUAGGGAGUCUCUGAUCCCGGGUAGUGAGGUCGGGGAGCUUCAGGUUCCACUGUUGCAGGAUCAAAGAACAGAGGCAGGGGCGUCUAGCUCAGGGGAAGCCGUCCCCAUGUUGCCAUCAAGUGUCAUGUCCUCAGAUGAGAAUCCAAGUUUGGAGUAUGAACUUUCAGCCCUUAGAGAAGCCAUGGAUUCAGGAUUUACGUAUCUGCUUGGGCAUGGGGAUGUGAGAGCAAGGAAAGAUUCUUGGUUCCUUAAGAAGCUGGUUAUAAACUAUAUUUAUGCUUUCCUGAGGAAUAAUUGCAGGGCUGGAGCAGCAAAUAUGAGAGUUCCUCACAUGAAUAUCAUGCAAGUUGGGGUAACUUAUAUGGUUUAAACCAGGCAAUGCUCUCAUGUUUGAGUUCUUGAGGGGCUGUUUGCAUCUGUUGUAAGCCAUCUGUAACUGUUGCCCAAUCAAUAACAGAAUUGAAAAUUUGUUGAGGAAGUAAGUAGGCAUUUAUGGUCUCAGUUACUAAA